AAAGGGGGUUGGAAAUUCAGGUUUAGCUGGAUGUGUUCUUGAUGGUUAUCAGGGAGGGCCAGAAGUAAUAGGACCUCCUGUUAAGAGCAUUCACAAACUGGAUGGGUAGCUUAGUUUCAAUGGGGAUGCUUUCCUGGCAUGAUCGCUUGCAUCUUUGUCACUAGCUUCCAAACCAAGAAAGCAGGUUGGCUUUGAAGAGAAACUGAGGGAGAUGUGGUCUGGCCCACCAGUAGCUACCAUUUACUAGUAUUUGGGAAAAUGGUUUUCACACCCAAACAACACCAGUUUUGCCUGUUUGCCACUUGUUGGCUUGGAGGAAUCUUCUCUUGCCUGUUGUUUUUUCAGUAUACCUUGCCAAAAUGUACACCUCAAACAAUUCCUCCUUAUCAGCCCAAAAGUGUAAAUGUCUCUGCUACCAUUAUCAAUACAAGCACUACAACAACAACAACAACAACAACUGCUCAGCCUAAGGAGGAAAAACCCAUCCUGCUGGUGUGGUUCUUGCCUGAAAACUACCAGUGGGACUUUAAUGACUGCAAAACCAUAUACAACAUCGACGGCUGCCAAUUGACUUUGGACAGAAACCUUUACAGCCAAGCGGAUGCAGUCUUUGUUUUUCACAAAGCUAUCAAAUGGGAUUUGUCCAACCUUCCACCAUCCCCUCGGCCACCAUUUCAAAAGUGGAUCUGGUUCCAUGUAGAAUCGCCGACCAACACGGCAAAGAUCCCAGGCUUGGAAAACCUUUUCAACCUCACUUUGAGUUACAGACGGGAUGCGGAUAUUUCUGUGAGAUAUCGACUGACGGUCAGCAAAAAGCCAAACGAGAACAUCGUGAUUCCAAAGAAGGACAAGCUUCUCUGCUGGUUUGUGUCCAACACAGCCACCUAUACAGGAGUAGGGACCAGGAUGGCUUACUACAAUGAAUUAAAGAAGCACAUCGAAGUAAAAGUUUUUGGACGCAUGGCCGGACCACGCAUGAGAGAUGAAGAGUAUUAUCCCACCAUGGCUUCUUGUAAAUUUUACCUUGCUUUCGAAAACUCAAUCCACAAAGACUACAUUACAGAGAAAUUAAAUGGUCCUUUAGCAGUCGGGACUGUUCCUGUCGUCAUGGGACCCCCGAGACAAAAUUAUGAAGAAUUCACUCCAGGCAACGCCUUUAUUCACAUUGAAGACUUUCCCAAUGCUGAAGCUCUGGCUAAAUAUCUGCUUCAGCUGGACAAAGACGAAGAAGCCUACAUGCGCUACUUCGACUGGAGAAAGCAUGUGACCGCGACUCCACAUUUAUUCUAUUUAAAUCAAGAGUUUAUUAUAUAUAUCUGCCACGCGUGUGAAUAUAUUGGCAGGCACAAAGAGUACAAAGCUGCCCAUAACAUCUACAAUUGGUGGUUUUCAUAAAGAAGAAAUUUAGGAUUGCUUUUAGAUUUUUUUGACAGUCGCAGAGGUUUAUGAACUUUUAUUUUUUUUCCUUUAAAUUUUGACUUGAAAAAAUGCACCAGCCUAACCUUUUAAAUGGACCUGAAAAACCCACAAGUAUAACUACUAAUUCAUAAGAACAUUAUGAAUGAUGAAGAAACCAUUAUGUGGAUAAUGGAUACAGUUCAGUGUCUCCUACACAUCACACCUGGUUUAAAAAGAAUCCUUAGUCCACAUAAAUUCUUACCAGAACUGUGAGGUUACAUUUAUGGUUUAGUGGCACAACUCAAUUUACUCAAUUUUAAAAAAAAAAAAAAAAAAAAGGAACGGUUUGGAGAGUAAAACAUACAGUACAAACUUUUUUUUUUUUUUUUUUUAUCUAUUACUGGUAAUGAUUCCUGAAGCAAUGAAGAAAAAAAAACUAUAAGUAAUAUGUGAUACUUAUUUUUAUUCAAGUGACACCGCUCAUACCGAUGCCACAAUGUGUGCUAUUAACAGAUAGGAAAUUAUUUUAAUUAAAGUCCUGUCUUCCUCAUUACAGACAUUAUUUAUUUAGCUCUUUUACACCAUGAUAACAUUGCAGAUUUUGUACAAAAAUAAUUAUUUUACAUAUUAAAUAAAUAUAGGAUAUUGUAUAUUUUGUUCAGUUUUAAAGAUAUUUUUGUUAUUGUGUUGCUGAUGUGUUUUUUUUUUGUCUUACCUCACA